AUGAUAGAUUACCGGAAUACAGAGAUAAAUAUAUCUCCGGUCGACGAUGUCAACUCACCAGAGCAAAGUUCAAAUGGCGUUGCUGACGAAGAAUCACAAUAUGAUGAAAUAGAAUAUCCGCCAAUUUUAAUGGAAGAUAUAUUCCCAUAUUACAGGGAUAACUUCAUCGAAGAUGAUUGUAAAACUCAAGCCGCCAUUAUUGAAAACAAGAAGCGUGCAAUUAACCUUAGAUUACAUCAAAUUAACAAGAUUCUUUCAAAGCUUUAUGAAAAAUGGCCACGCGCUUCACAAUUAAAUCUCUAUGUGGCCUUCCUCAAAUCAGAUAUGAGUCCAGAUGACUUACUUGAGCGGAUUGGCGACUUAGAUUUCCAGCGCGCAGUUCGCGAAGAAUCAAGAGAACGCAUUAAAAUGUCCAAACGUAGCAGGUCAAAGAAGGCAAUGAAGGAAAUACAGCAAAAAAUUACAGCCCAGCGAAUGAAAGAAAUGGACUACUCAAGCGAAAGCGAAAUUGAAGAAGAUACAGAUAGCAGCAGUUCCGAAGAAGAUGAAGCGCCAAAGAAAAGGAAAAAGAAUUCAACAUAUAAGCGCAAGACGUCGACAAAAUUAGAUGCCGAGCAAAACGCCGAUUAUCCAUGCCCACCCAACAUCAAGGCAUCAAUGUGGGACACAUGGAGUGUUGCCAGAAAGAAAUCUUACUUAACAGGAAUGAAGAAUCCAAACGCAUAUUUAUAUCGCCAUUUACCUCCUGGCGAAAAGCAAUCUAAUGGUCCAUGGACAAAGCAAGAAAAAGCACUGUUUUUGGCCAGAUUGCAAGAGAUGAGGGAAGAAGGAAUCAAAACUGGCAAAUGGGGCAUCUUUUCACAGGCCAUUCCAGGUCGUGUUGGAUACCAAUGCGCAAACUUCUACAGAAAACUUAUCGCUUCUGGCGAAAUCAAAGAUAAAGAUUAUCAUCUUGAUAAAGAUGGUAAUCUGAGAUAUAAAGACCGCCAACCAUACCACAAGAAAUCUUCUGGAUUACGCCCGCCUUCAGAAUAUGACGAAGAUUCGGAUUCCGAACCAUCCAAACCAAAAGCACCGCGUGCACCAAGAGUCAUCAAGGAAAAGGCUCCAGUGGAAAGUAUGUACGAUAAAAUGGCCAAAAUGAAUCCAUUUAAGAACAAAACUGAUUGCAUUACUGGUGAAAUCAUCAACGUUCCUGCAAUUUCACCUGAUGGAACAGUUCUUGACUACAAUACAUGGAUGCAUAUCUUAACAACAACAAAACAAGAUCCAUUAACAAUGAAACAUAUCAAUAAGAGACAAAUUGUCAUAUUAACAACUGAAAAUAUCGAUUCGUAUAGAAAUAAGAUCAAACACAUUUAA